CUGCGAGGGUGGGGCGCGGCAGGAUGGCGAGGGCCGGCGGAGCAGCAGCCGAGGCUGGGGCUGGCGGGGAGCAGGCGUGGAGCGAGGAGGUGAACCGGGCCAACAAGGAGGCCCUCUCGGCCUGGGCGCGAGAGACCGGCAUCCGGCUGGUGCAGGUGAACGGGCAGAGGAAAUUCGGCGGCCCUCCGCCAGGCUGGACCGGCACCCUGCCCCCCGAGGGUUCUGAAGUGUUUAUCGGAAGACUCCCUCAAGAUCUUUAUGAGAAUCAACUGAUUCCACUUUUUCAAACUGUCGGGAGGCUCUACGAGUUCCGGUUAAUGAUGACAUUUAGUGGCCUGAACCGGGGGUUCGCCUAUGCCAAGUACACCAACCGGCGCAGCGCCCAGAAGGCCAUUGCACUCAAUGGCUUCGAGAUCCAACCUGGCCACCCCAUUGUGGUCUGCAGAAGCACUGAGAAGUGUGAGCUCUCCAUAGACGGGCUGGCCCCCUCUGUCAAAAAGCGGCCACUUCUCCAGCUGCUUUGUGAACUCACUGCAGGAGUGACCAGCAUCUCCUUGUACCCAAGCCCUUUCCAGAAAGACAGGCAGGUUGCAGAGGUGAAGUACGUCUCCCAUUGGGCUGCUGCAAUGGCAAAAAAGGUGCUGGUGGAAGGGACUUUAUGUCUCUAUGGAGACCAAAUUAAGGUGAAAUGGGUGAAACGAAACACCAAACAAGAAUUCCACAACUCUGUGCAAGCCUUCCCAGAGCCAUCUAGUUGCUCUGCCAAAGAUUCCCGCAGCCAAGGUGAUCAUCAGGUCUCACUGGCAGUGAGCCAUGCGCUAAAAUACCUGAAUGUGCAGUGUGAGGAGCGGCGACUGGGGUCCCCUGUAUUCCUCACCAAAUGCAUCCAAAGGAAACCCGAUGGCUGGCUUCAAUACUGGUAUCAAGUGGUGAUUCCAAACUACCCAACCCCCUUCAGUGGAUUAAUCUGGAUCAAGCAGGAUCACUCUGUCGUAGAAGACCAUGAAAAGGCAAAGAAUGCAAUAGCGCUACAACUGCUGAAAGUCCUGGGCUGUCCCAUGAUGUAAGAAGGUUCUUGCAGAAGAAUGCACUACCAUGCGUUGCAGAAGACCUCUCUUGUGGAGAGAGCUUUUUUUUGAGGGGGGGGGGUCUCUUUUACUGUUCUUUUGAUGUUAAAUUUUUUCUUGUAUUUUGAUAUAUUUUUGUUGCGCGUGGCAAAGAGGGUUUUUUGUUGUUGUUGUGUGGCAGAGUUUAAGAGGGCUUCUUUUUUUUUUUGGCCAGGGUUCCAUCUGUAGACCUGCUGCCUUAACAUUUUAAAAAGUUUUGUAAAAGCACAUGAAAGUAAUUUGUAUAUAACUUGCGCCAACAAACUGGCACUUUUAUUAAAGUAAGUUUGAAAGUAA